UGGUCAGUCUCGCUCUUUGAUCUCCCAGUCUGUGGCAACAAACAGACUACAAGUCCCAAGGGGCGCGGCGAGACCGCCUGGAGGGCGGGGGGUACGAAAGAGGAAUCGAAGGGCGCUGGGGGCUGGGACCUCAGUGUGGCUCAGUGGAGGCCCCGGUGCUGACCCGUGCUGACCACUGCCCUGGCCAGGAACUCCUGGAUGUUGGCUCUUCGCGUCCUUGAAGGCCAGGUGUGGGUCCUCCCUCCCUCUCCUGCAAGGGCUGGAGUAGGGCUUCUCCACACAGCACCCUCUUUGUUCUAGACCCUGCACUCCAGGACAUGGGGCUGCCCCGCGCUGUCCUCCUGGCCAGCCUCUUGGUGGAAGUGGCCAGCAAGUCCUCAGAAAGUGCGGGCACGCGGCCUGAGUGUUGCAUGGACGUGGUGGAUGCCAACGCCACCUGCCCUGGCUCGCCCCUGUGUGGCCCAGUCCUUUCCUCCCACCCCCUGCCAGGCUGUUACCGACGCCCCAGUGAGGAUGGGAAUGCCAGCUGUGUGCGCUGCAGGAAUGCCACCCUCCUGGCUGCCCAUGACUCCGAGUGCAGAAGCCUCGCCGGCAGGGGUGUGCACUCCCCCUUGAACAGAAGCUCUGGGGUGCCCACGCAGCCAGACUUUGGGAGCCCUCAAGUGGCAGCCUCCCUCUUCCUGGGCACCUUCCUCAUUAGCUCAGGCCUCAUCCUGUUGGUGGCUGGCUUCUUCUACCUCAAGCGCUCCAGCAAACUCCCCCAGGUCUUCUACAGAAGAAACAAAGCCCUUGCCCUGCAGCCUGCUGAAGCUGCCGCCAUGAUCCCCCCACCACAACCCUCAGUGCGGAAGCCGCGCUACGUGCGUCGGGAACGGCCCACUGAUGGGUCCAUGGGCCCCAUUGCCAUCUCCCUGGUGGAGGCCCGGGUCAGCAACGUGUGACCUGAGACCCAGCCCUGAGUACCAUCUGGAGGAGCAGAAAGCCAGCCCAGCAGGAAGACACAGGAACGGGCCUGGCAACCGUCACCAAGAGGGCCCACUUCCUGCACCCCCUCCAAGAGGAGAGGGACCUUUGAGUGUCCAGCUGAUGUCCCCAACAAGGGGCGGGGGCGGGGGGCAGGCUGGGACAAGCACCCUGAGGCUACAAGCCUGUUAACCAACCAGGAUGGUCCCAGGCUGCAAUCGUGCCGCUGCCUGUGUCUACUGUUUGUAGGCAGAAAUGCAUUUUGUAGAAAAGUUGA